AUGGCUAACAUCUCGUCUUCUGAGAGUCUCAAAGGGUAUCCAGCUGGCAAUGCAGCUUGCUACUACCCCAAUGUGUAUAUAUCCACCAUUGAAAGCGACAUCAGGGCUACAUUGUCCACAAACCGAACCACUCCCCUGCCACGGGUUGGGCACGGCCAGAUGACAACCAUGCAGUCUUCAGGCAGCGAGGAGAUCAGAGAAACAAAGGACAAGAGCAUGCCUUGA